UCGACUUCCAUUCCCCUAAUCCUCCGACACCCUUCUCGUGACGAUACGAUCCCCGCUUACUGUUAUAACUCGAACACUGUCACAAUUUCACAAUAGCCUCCGUUUCUGCGCGUACAGACUCCUCGUUCCGUUGUGGUUGCCUGGCGGAUCGACCGAGACCUAUGAAUUCCGUGGCUCCCCCGCCGGAUUUCGCGGCGAGCGUUACCGGGGCCCGGGACGUCUUGCAGCGUGGCACGUUGUACGGAUCCACCUCAUUGGCUCUGUUAAUCGCGGCCAGUUCCUUGACCAUGCCGCACCAACAGACGCGUCGUGACGAACUCGGCUGCGAUUCGCUGUGUUUCGGUAGCAUGACGUCGGCACGUUCCCUCCUCACCCUCCUGGGCGCCACGGUGAUUGGCCGAGUCUCGGACACGCGGGCCUUGGAUCAUCUCGGUGGAGCCCGAAAACUAUGUCUCGUACUGGGAGUCGUCGCGACGGCAGCGAAUCUGUUACUGGGGAAUCGUGCCCAAUCGCUCCCGCAGUUGUGGAUGAGCAUCCCGCCCGUGGCCUUACAGCAAAACAUGAACGUCCUCAAGGCUCUCCUGUCGGAAUACCACGAUGCGCUCGACAGCUCGGCAACCGAACGGGCCGGCAGUGUCGGAUCACUCGGAAUGGCCUCGGGGUUGGCCUUGAUGGUGGGCCCGUUGGCCGGUUCACUCAUUCUACAAACGUACAAUCAGGCCACGAUCGGGGCGCUCGCGUUUUUGUUGCUCUCCGCCGCGUUGGUCGGGGCCCUCCCCACGUUGCCAACCCACCACAGUGCUUUCACGCCAAGUAAAGCCUCUGUCGCGACAAUACCAACAAAAACAUCAACAAGCAGCAUCUGGAAUCUGAGCUCGAUUCAGUCCCCAGCCGCCAUCUUCUUGUUAACCAGUCGUUUGCUCUCGACACUUUCCUUUCAUAUCUUUCAGACCAUUUGGACCGUUUCGCUCCGGGAACGCUUCAAUUUUGGUCCGAAAGACUACGGUCGCUUCUUUUCCAUGAUUGGGCUCUUCUUUGCCUUGUCCCAAGGCGUCUUUGCCAAACUGCUAUUGAAACGGUUCGGCGACGCCAAACACGGUCGUGUACGUUUGCUCACGACUUGCUUCUCGGUCAUGGCCUUGAACCGCUUCCUCGCGUUUCGAACUACCAACAUUGGCCUGGUAUACAUUCUCUUUGCCACCAUGGUGGUGGCCGUUGGAGUGAUCGCCACCAUUUUUGCCGCCGACACGUCACUGAUCGCCAAACCGGAAGAACGGGGCAGCUUUUUUGGACUCGUUACUGCCGUCGAGAGUGGAUCCGGAAUGGUAGGUCCCCUUUUGGGAGGAGCCCUAGCCUAUUGGCAUCCCAUCCACGCUCCCUUGGCGGCUGUACAGGUCCUCGACAUUGGGACGCUACUCAUGUUCGCGAUUGGCUACGAACGAAUCGUUCUGGGACAGUUGGAACGGCAAAAAGCCGCGGCCGGGAAAAAACUGCAAUAA